CAGUUCAUUCUGGUAAUUGCUUUUGCCAUGAGGGAGAUCAACAAGAACACUCACCUUUUACCCAAUAUGUCUCUUACAUUUAAACCACAGUACAUUUAUGAAGAUAUGGAAAAAGUGAAAACUACCUUUAGUUUACUUCACAGUUCAGAUUUGAAUGUCCCUAAUUACUUCUGCAACAAAAUGGAAUCACCAUUAGCAGUGCUGACAGGACCAAACUGGGAAACUUCUGCCAGAUUUGGAAUAUUUCUUCAGCUUUUCAGUUUUCCACAGAUUACCUUUGGUCCAUUUCAUCCUAUCCUGAGUGACCAGGAACAGUUUCCUUAUCUGUAUCAGAUGGCUCCCAAAGACACAUUUCUGGCCCAUGCCAUGGUCUCCUUGAUGUCUCAUUUCAGCUGGACCUGGGUGGGGCUGGUCAUCCUAGAUGAUGACCAAGGUAUUCAGUUUCUCUCAGACAUGAGAGAAGAGAUGCAAAGACAACAAGUCUGUUCAUCCUUUGUUAAUAUACUUCCAGUGAGCAUGCAUUUAUUCCUCACAAGUGCUGAAGUAUAUGAUAAGAGAAUUGUGACAUCCACGGCAAAUGUUGUUAUCAUUUAUGGUGACAUGAACUCGACUCUAGGUUUGAGCUUUAAAAGAUGGGAAUAUUUAGUUAUGGGAAGAAUCUGGGUCACCGUCUCACAAUGGGAUAUUAUGGGAAACCGUGAUUUCACUCAAGACUUACCCCAUCCGACCAUCACUUUUUCACAUCACCAUCGUGACAUUUCUGAUUUUAAAGAAUUUAUUUGGACAGUUAACACUUCCAAACACAUAGAAGAUGUUUUAAUGCCCAGAUUUGGGUGGAUGCAUUAUAACUGUGCUUCCUCAGCAUCCCACUGUAAAACACUGAAGAACUGUUCAUCCAAUGGCUCUUUGGAAUGGUUGCCAUGGCAUCAUUUUGACAUGGCUAUGAGUAGCUGGAGUUACAACCUAUACAAUGCAGUGUACGCUGUGGCACAAACCCUCCAUGAGAUGCUAGUUCAGGAAGUAGAGAUGCAGCAAGUUGUGUAUUGGAGAGGAGUGACAUUUUCCCACUUACAGGUGCUAAAAUUUAUAAAACACACCCAAUUUAUUAACUCUGUUGGAGACCCAGUGAAUAUUAAUCAGAAAGAAAAAUCAGAUGCAGAGUAUGAUAUUUGCAGUACUUGGGAAUUUCCACAAGGCAUUGGAAUUAAAGUAAAAAUUGGGCAAUUUUCCCCUCAUUUUCCACAUGGGCAACAAUUAUAUAUAUAUGAAGAUAUAAUAGAGUGGGCUACAGGAAGAAAACAGGUUCCCCUCUCUGUGUGCAGUGUUCCCUGCAGACCUGGAUUCAGGAAAUCCCCUCAGGAUGGAAAGGCAGACUGCUGUUUUGACUGCACUCCCUGUGCAGAGAAUGAGAUUUCCAAUGUGACAUAUACAGAUCAGUGUGUGAAGUGUUCCAGUGAUGAGUAUGCCAACACGGACCAAACUCAAUGCAUCCAAAAAAUUGUGACUUUUCUGGAUUAUGAAGACCCUUUGGGGAUGGCUCUGGCCUGCGCGGCCCUGUGCUUCUCAACACUCACAGCUCUAGUUCUUGGGAUCUUUGUGAAACACCAAGACACUCCUAUUGUGAGGGCCAAUAAUCACACUCUCAGCUACAUUCUUCUCAUCUCCCUGAUGUGCUGUUUCCUCUGUUCCCUGCUCUUCAUUGGACAUCCCAACACAGCCACCUGCAUCCUGCAACAGAUCACUUUUGGACUGGUUUUCACGGUGGCUGUGUCUGCUGUCUUCACAAAGACAGUUACUGUGGUCCUGGCCUUCAAGGCCACGGCUCCUGGGAGGAGGAUGAGGUGUUUGCUGGUAUCAGGGGCACCUAACUUCAUCAUUCCCAUCUGCUCCCUGAUCCAAAUUAUUCUCUGUACAGUCUGGCUGAGGAUAUCUCCUCCAUUUAUUGAUAGAGAUGCACAUUCUGAACAUGGACAAAUCACCAUUAUGUGCAAUAAGGGCUCAGCCACUGCCUUCUACUGUGUCUUGGGAUACCUGGGAUCUCUGGCCAUAGCAAGCUUCACUGUGGCUUUCUUGGCCAGAAACCUUCCUGACACAUUCAAUGAAGCCAAGUUCCUGACCUUCAGCAUGCUGGUGUUCUGCAGUGUGUGGGUCACCUUCCUUCCUGUCUACCACAGCACCAAGGGGAAGGCCAUGGCAGCUGUGGAGGUCUUCUCCAUCUUGGCCUCCAGUGCAGGGCUGCUAGGUUGCAUCUUUGCCCCCAAAUGCUUCAUUAUUUUGUUCAGACCAGAUAGAAAUUCUCUUCAAAAAUUUAUAUACAAAGCACAUACAUGA